UUUAUUGUUGUCGUAUUAUAAUAAUUGAAUUGAAGUAAAUCAGACGUAGAACACACAACAAUGUGUCUGAUUCUUCUACACUUGUAGUACACCGAGUAAAAAUAGCGAAAUGAAAAAAAUAAAUUCUAAUUGAAAAUUAAUUAAUAAACAAGAGUUAUUGAGCUAAAGCAAACAUUUUAAACGUAAAGUUUGUCUGGAACGGUAAUGUCUGUAUAGCAGACAGCCAGGCCAUUAAAUUUAAACGAUAUUGUGUGUGUAAUUUCUUUUUAUUAUUUUUUUUGCUUUGCAAUUACCAAAAAAAAAAAAAGUGAUGUAAAAGAAAGUAUAAAUUAUUUAACCAAAAAAAAAUACACUAAAACCUAAUAAAGAAAAAAAAAAUUAAUGUGAUAACUAUAACAACAAAACCACUAUUUCUUAUCAAUAAAUAAAAAUAAAAUAACGAAUUACAUAUUAAAAUAAAUAUAACAACAAAAACAUUCCCUGCUUAAAAUAUUAGUUUAAUCAUCACUCAGGCAAUGUCUGGCCAAUAAAAUGACCUUAACAUUUGAAAACAAACAUUUUAUCAACAUUUUACAUUAAACCCUAAAAAACAACCACAAGAGAAAUAACAACAACAAUAAAACAAAUCAAUCAUUACAAAAAAAAAAAUAAAAAAUUAUAUAAAACUUACUGAACAAUAACAAAAAAUGAAUUAAAUAGUUUAUGGUACAAAGUGCAUUACAAAAAACAACAACAACAAUACAAAUCAUAAAGCAGCAGACAUCAGCAGACGCACAGUUGCAGCAUAACAACCGACAACAAAAACAAUUGCUUCUUAUCACUUCCUUUUUCAACAUAUAUUCAUUAUUUUCUGGUUUCCUUUUUUCUCCCAUUCUUGCUACCCUUAUCGAACAAAGUUCAUGUUUUAAUAUCCUUUAUAUUAUUGUAAAAAUAACCCGCCCCACCACUUCCUCUCCUCUACGUCAACGUCAUGAUAACAACAGUGUUUAAUUUCCUACAGGGAGCUUUAGAAUUCUCCCUGUUGGGUUGUGUUGAAGCCGCCUCGUUAGCGUUUCUACUUUAUUUUCUUUAUGCUAAAACCAGAGCACCCGCCAUAAUUGCUGGUAUUUUUCCUAAUCUCAAUUUGAACCUCAACUAUUAUAGGUCAUCGUUGGUGAAUGAUUUUCUUAUAACAAUAAGAAGUGGUUCGAAAACUGAACCGAAACGGGAAAAUGCAUUGGCACAUGGUAUUGGUACACAAAAUAUGCUGGAAUUGACACCACAUUCCGGCCCGAAACCAUACAAUUCCAUCUUUGAUUGGGGUGUCUAUUUCCCAUAUGUGGCUCAAGCUAAGCGCAGUAAAAAAUUUCAAUAUCCACAGGUGUCGUCGUUAGUACAAAAAGAUCCAAUACUACAAAGAGCAAUUAAGCAGGCAGCUGAACAAAUAUUGCGCGAACAACAGUUACUCAAAGAGUGCUCGGAAAAUGAAGAUCUCAAUGACAAUAAAAAAUCUAGUGCUGCUGGCACAAAGACGACUGAACGCGAUGACAGCCAAGACUACCAACAUAUCAUAAAUCGUCAGGAACGAAGAGCCAUAACAAUACUAAAGGAUAUGCGUUCAACUCUCAAUAACUUUUUGUUGGCUUUUACGUCUUGGUUGUUGUACAAACUCUUGCCCUGUUUUCUUUCCGGUGUGGUGACACACACCCAACAAAUUGAAAUGUUGAAAGCUGCCUCUGAGAAAGCUCCAGGCAUACCGUUAAUAUUCUUGCCAUUGCAUCGCAGUCAUUUGGAUUAUAUAAUGGUAACGUUUAUUUUAACCAACAACGAUAUACGCAGUCCUCUGGUGGCCGCUGGCAAUAACUUACAAAUACCGAUCUUUGGUGAAUUAUUACGAGGCCUGGGAGCCUUCUUCAUCAAACGCAAAAUUGAUCCUGUGGUAGGCAAAAAGGAUAUACUGUAUCGUGCUAUAUUACAUCUUUAUUUGCAACAUGCUUUAAAAUUGGGCCACAAUGUGGAGUUCUUUAUUGAGGGCGGUCGUACGCGUACGGGUAAACCUUGCAUGCCCAAAGGUGGCAUAUUGUCGGUAAUCGUAAAUGCAUUUAUGGAUCGUAGUAUUCCGGAUGCAUUAUUGGUGCCGGUAUCUGUGAACUAUGAGAAAAUUGUCGAUGGUAAUUUUGUGCGCGAACAAAAAGGCGAAAAGAAGGUGCCAGAAUCGUUUGGAAAUGCCAUAGCGGGCAUAUGGAAGGCCCUCAACUCCAAAUACGGUUUAAUGCGUAUCGAUUUCAAUGAACCAUACUCCAUCAAAGAGUUAGUACAAUCGUACAAUAAAAUUGCCAAAGAAGACGGCACAUUAAAGAUCUAUAAACCAUCGGCACGCACCCUACAACAUAACCAAUCUACCUCUUCUCUUUACGGCACCGAUGUCGUGUGUGAAGAACAUCGCAACCUUAUUGACAGUAUUUCACGACAAGUUGUUUUCGAUUGUGCUGCCGCUACCUCAGUGAUGUCUACCAAUGCUUUAGCAUUUUUACUAUUAACACGCUAUCGCAACGGAGCCACACCGCAUGAAAUUGCCAAAGGUCUAGAUGAUUUGCGUAGCACAUUAAAGGGACGCAAAGAUAUGGGUUUCUCUGGUGACUCUGUACACAUAAUUAAUUACGCCACAGAUUUAUUGGGUGAAAAUAUGGUACAAAGAGGUAAAAAUGAUAUUGGUGAAGUGAUUAUACGCGCCAAGGGCAAUAUUGAGAGUUAUAUUGAGUUGGCCUAUUAUUCGAAUAUGCUAACACCACACUUUGCGCUGCAGUCUAUUGUAUUGACUACGUUCCAUGCUUUAUUGCCCAAGAAAUCACAAGUCAAUGAGGAGAAUUUAAAUAAGAAUGGACCUGGCGUAUCGCGCAAAAAAUUAAUAGACAAUGCUUUAGAGAACUGUGAAGUUUAUCGUUAUGAAUAUAUUCUUAACAAACCUACACAAAAUCUGGAAAAUAUGCUCGAAACGGCCUUAGACGAAUUAUUAAUGCAGAAUUUAGUUAAACCGGCACAGAUUGAUGAACAAACCGAAGGUACUUUGGAAACACGCCGUAUGGCUCGUGCUAUUGCUACUUAUAUAGAAAGUAACGAUAUGGACGAUGACUACGAAGAUGAGAACGAAGUCUUGGUUAAUAAUUACGCCAAUGUAGAACAAGAGGAACCUGAUUUAUUCUUAAAUAACGAUACAAUAGUGCAACAAAAGGCUUUAUGUGAAGUUUUGGCACCCUUUGCUCAAACAUAUCUUUGUGUGACCGAAUCCUUAUUCAUACUAUAUAAGAACUCUAUGUUAGAAACAGACUUUAUUAAAUUUGUCAUGAAAGAAUUGACCAACAAAGUAAACACACACAAAUGUCCUUAUGCCGAAAGCAUAUCAACUGAUUCUGUAAGGAAUUGUUUAAAAGUUCUCGAAAAAUGGUAUGUGAUUGAGAUAAGCAACCAGUGUGGUUUACGUCUUCUGGCCUUGGGUACACUGUACGAAACCUCUCGUGAUUCUUUGAAAAAUAUUGUACAACGUAUAACAAAUAUUGUGCCACUGUAUAAUAAUGGUUACUUUUAAGUCCUACCAAUGAUUUUAUUUUAAAAUCAUUUUCCUUUUUUGUUCUUGAGUUCACUUUUUUUUUUUUCUUCAAUUACAUUUUUAAGAGGCAUACAAAACCACUGUGUAAAUUGUUUCUUUCAACUUUCAUUGCAUUACGUUUAUUUUUCGAUUUUUCUCAUUUAUAUACAUUCAUUCUUUCAUUUAUUAUUAUUUUUUAUAAUAAUUUAAGUGCUGUUUAAAACAGUUUAUUUAGGAAUUACAUAAUUUUAUAAAUGCCAAAGUUCAAUUUAUUCUAAAAAAAAAAAAUUUUGUAUGCAAAACAUUUAUGAUCAAAAUCAUUACAUUACAUAACAUCGUUGACAUUAAUAUGAAAGAUGUGGAGUUUUGUAUACAUAUUUAUAUUUUCUUAGUCCAACAAUAAUGAAAUUUUUUCUGACUGAAAUGCUUUUUUUUAUAUAGAUUUAUAUAUGUUUAAUAAAUCUUAUAAAGAUUUAAGUAAAGAAAUACUCUACAACUUAGAUAUUUUGUAUAAAUAUAUGAAUAAUAAAAAAAAUUACAAAAAACCAACUAUUUCGAAACUAUUUUGAAAACAAAAA